CUUAAUUCCAAUUCAUUAAUUAAUCAAGCUGAUCGAUCGAGCUCUGUCUGAUCUCUGUCUCGAUCGAUUAAAGCUAGAGAUGGCAGAGAUGGUGAAUGAUUUGGCGAAUGAGCAUCCAGUGGUGUUAUUCCGAAAGGACGAGGAGUGCUGCCAGUGUGAAAGCAUCAUUUCCCUAGUUCAAGGCAAUUAUGGGGCAUCACUUCAGAUAUACAACCUCGACGAACAGGAGGAGGGAGACGCAAUGAAGGAGCAUCUCCAGAGUCUGGGCCAGCUCCCCGCAGUGUACAUGGGUGGCAACCAUCUUGGCUCUACAGAAGAACUUCUUUCCAUGAGCAUAACGGGAACUCUCAAACCAACACUUCUUCAAGUCGGUGCUAUUUUUCUCUAAACACGACCCUGCCUACUCUACACAUAUUGAGUUGGAUAAAAUAAAACAAGGUUGUUCUUAAACAAGUUUAUGUUUUACAAAAGCACAAUUAUUAAAAUGAUUAACUAAAAAGGCCAGGCCAGCUGACCAAGUAUGGAGAUAAUAUAAAUAUAUAUAGUACUAUACGUACUCCUCCGGCCGUAUAGGCGGAGUACUCCGUAUAUUAUUGCAUGCAUGCAAGAUAUGCAUGUAUGUUUUCUAUCAUCCUAUAUAUGUAUAUAUAUAUAUAUAUGCAAGAUGGUUUGAGUUUGUCCUUCCUAUAUACUAUCGUAUAUAGAUAGUACGGAGUAUAUUGUAUGCAUGUGUACCAGCCUAUAUAUAUACAUAUACGUAUGUACUUUUAUUGGUCGGUUGUCCAAUAUAAUUACAUUGUACGUAUCAUCUCAUCUGGCAGGAUAGAUUGAAUAAAGCUAAGUGCACGCCAUCAAUGUUUUUCUGUAUGUGUCCUCCCUCGAUCAUAUAUACUGUAUACAAAGUAUGAUACAAUUGAAUAAAUUUUGC